UUCAUAAAUUUUGAGGAAUUUUUUAUGUUUUAGUUUCAUUUCUGAAGAUCAUAAUUAACUCCGAUGUAACUGUUGUGUCUUGACACGAGUAGCUACUGUUGCCUGUAGCCUAGCGUAUUAUACGAUAUGUCGUUUAUUAGCUCAGAAUUCGAAGUUCGACAAGUUAAAUUGUUUGUUUUCUUUUGAACGCUAGUUACAUUUUCCAUUUGCGAAUUGAAGAUAGCUGUGAUAGUUCAAACAUAUGACUCGGAUAAAUGCAUUUAAGUUAAUCAUGGUAAUUGUUUAUUUCUAUUAAUAGUCCUAAUGUUCUUUUAAUGAAUCUGGUUUAAAUAGGAGUCGUUUUCGGUCUAAAAUUUGAAAAAUGUGAUAGUUCAAAUACUCCAUUGUUCGUAUUCGAGAUUAGGGAAUUUGAAUAAAAUUAAAAUAUGUAUUUUAUCAUUUGUGGUCGAACGCUUGAUUGCGAAAUUAAAUAUAUUCUAGACAAAAAUUUGUCGUGAUUCGUUCCUUUUUAACGUUAUAGAUAAACAUUGAUUCUCUUUCACUACGAAAGAGAUGUUUCAGGAUGAAUCGUCUUGGCCGAUAGUAGUUUCAGCUUAAAAUGUCAAUAAAUGAUAGAUUUUACUCGUGUUGAUGAAAUGAUUCGCGUAUAAGAAAUUCGUUCUUCGGUAGUAGUUUUCGUGGACGAUUCAAGGACUGGUUACAAAAUCAUGCGGUUAAACUUGAUCGGAUUUUAAGAGGGGAUAGAUAUAACUAAAAAGAGUUGUUCUGGAAAAUUGUUUUUUGCAACUUCUUUUGUUUGUAUUGCUAGAGGUAUAGAAUACUUAUUGCUCCAAUACUUGUGCGUUCACACGUUUUGCAUUUGAUUAUUUGUCGCGCAUAUAGUCAUUUUCCUUUGAACAUCAUACGACAUGACAAAGAAAGUAAUUUUUGACAAAGAAAGUAAUUUUGUUUGUAUUGCUGUUUCUUGUAAUCAUGAGCUAUCGCGGUUCGAUCAUGCUAGUCUAAAUCUAUGUCAAAUGAUCCUGUCGAGGAGUAAUAAAUAUAAAAAAGUCAUCUACGAUUCAAAUUUGAGUGCCGUCUCAAAACAGAUGAUCGGUUAUUAAGCCGAAUCAUGACCUCUGUGAUUAUUUGGGCAACGUAAUGGGGUAAUGUCAGGCGCCUAAGCGAGGAUGCGAAGGUCGACUACUCACAACGGCACUUCAGCGAGGUAAUUUUCAAUAUGAAGAAACUUGCAAUUUUGCAUAUAUUUGUUACUCUCAGUGUGUUUUGCGUGCAAACAUUGCUAUUUUAUUCACCAGAGUGAGAAUUAAUGCGAUCCUAUGCUUCCAGUUGCAGCGGCGGCAAUCUUGUUGGAGUCUGCUCACCAUGGCGACUGGUUGGCGCGGGGACUGCUGCGGGUUGUGGCGGAAUGCUCCAGUUUACUACUGAAAGUUAGGCGCCAGAGCGUCGCUUGCGAGGCUAUGGCGCCCCCGACAUUAACACUACUGCCACUGGGAACUAGAUUGUUCGGCCGCAGGCCGUAAUUCCUAUUUAUUAUUAGCUGUAUAUUGCUCUGCAGGCUGAAUUAUUUUUAUAUGUUUUGGAAAUUAGUAAAUAUAGUUGUGCUAUACUUGUAUGAUUGUCGGAUCGUAUUUAGACGGCUGCAGUGUUUUCAGGCAUUAAUAAGUUCGUUAAUUGAAUAACGAUUUUUUAUUCAGUUAUUGUUUUCAAUUCAUUUCAAUAGUUGCAAGCAUUUUACCUGCUUGACGUUCUCUAUGUAUACCAGUGAUUAGAUUGAAAUAUAAUUAGAUUAGAAUUUGUAUAACUAUAUGUUAGUGAUAAGGCGGUCAAUGGCCAUAUUUCAGGAAUGACGGUUAUUACCGCUGGACGCUUCACGUUUCAAUAGAUGGUUAAAAUCGAUAAAUUGUUUCAUUUAAGUGCUUAUGUCAAUAAUUUGGUUUGGGCGUGUGUGCAGGUUUUGUGGCAGGCUCCCACAGUUACUGUCACGGCGUUUCGACGUGUUGAUUCAUCGUGUCGUGUUACCCGUGUCGUCAUAGUCUCGGAUGAGCUAGAUGAGGUCUCCUCAGGGGGACUAUGGACGCACGACGACGUGGUGGCUUACUGCCACCAGAACUUCGGCAGGCUGCCCGUGCUGCGCGACUGCGCUUCCUUCACUGAUGUUGCAACUUAUGUCGACGGUGGAUGUACGGUGGUAAGCAACCCUGACCACGAGGCUGCCUCGGCCAUAACUCUGACGUUCUCUCGCUAUCACCCGGAAUGCGACCUGAUGUACCCAGCACAGAGCUUCCUUAUGGAGGAAGCUAACAUGCAACUCAAGCAACCGGAAAUCGUAACGAAAAAGGAUCGUUUGUUCCUGAUGAAGAUCGCUAAGAGCCCUUUGUGCGACCCCGACAUGGAGAUCUGCGAGCAAGACAGAAAGAGACUCUGGAGUUUUUGAUGGCACUGCGCCGUUGAGAUGCUCAGCAUCCUGUCUAGACUGCUGGAUUGUGUUGACUGGAACUCCAGAAUUCAGGUUGAGAUUAAUUAUUUGGAGAUUAUGAACUAAUAUUUAAUUAACGGCUUUUUUCCCAGGCUGCUGGAUUGUGUUGACUGGAGCUCCAGAGUUUAGGUAGUUAUUAGGAAUUUGAU